GAAGAGGCAGCAGCGGCAGAGGCGGUGGCGGAAGCUAAGCGAGCGGGGCGGCGGCGGCGGAAUCAGCAGCGAUAGUAUCAGCAGCGACAGUGUCGGGUCCCACUGGUCGCCUAAGGUUCGCGCGUCCCCGGGGACCAGGGUUCGGGUGGGCCAUGCAGGAGGCCGAGGAGCCGGCGCCCCCUCCGCGGCAGCCGCCUUUGCGCCCCGUUUACAUCUACAGCCCCGAGUACGUCCGUACUUGUGACUCGCUGGCCAAGGUGCCCAAGCGGGCCAGCAUGGUGCACUCCCUGAUCGAAGCCUACGAACUGCUGAAGGAGAUGAGGGUAGUGAAGCCGAAGGUGGCUUCCAUGGAGGAGAUGGCCAGCUUCCACACGGACGCCUAUCUGCAGCACCUCCAGAAGGUCAGUGAGGAGGGGGAUGACGACCACCCCGACUCAGUGGAAUUCGGCCUGGGCUACGACUGCCCCAGCACGGAGGGCAUCUUCGACUACGCGGCCGCGGUCGGGGGGGCCACCAUCUCGGCGGCCCAGUGCCUCCUGGAUGGGACGUGUAACAUUGCCAUUAACUGGGCCGGGGGCUGGCACCACGCCAAGAAGGAUGAAGCUUCGGGCUUCUGCUACCUCAACGACGCCGUGCUGGGCAUCCUGCAUCUGAGAAGGAAGUUUGAGCGCAUUCUCUACGUGGACCUGGACCUGCACCACGGGGAUGGCGUCGAGGACGCGUUCAGUUUCACUUCCAAAGUCAUGACUGUGUCUCUGCAUAAAUUCUCUCCCGGGUUUUUUCCGGGGACUGGCGACGUGUCUGAUGUUGGCCUCGGGAAGGGACGGUAUUACAGCGUCAACGUGCCCAUUCAGGACGGCAUCCGCGAUGAAAAGUAUUACCAGAUCUGUAAAAGCGUGCUCAAGGAGGUCUACGUAGCCUUCAACCCCAAGGCGGUAGUGUUACAGUUAGGAGCCGACACCAUAGCAGGGGACCCCAUGUGCUCCUUCAACUUGACUCCGGUGGGGCUGGGCAAGUGUCUCCAGUACGUCCUUCAGUGGCAGUUGGCCACCCUCAUCUUGGGAGGAGGAGGCUACAACCUGGCGAACACAGCCCGAUGCUGGACCUAUCUGACUGGGGUCAUCCUGGGGAGGACACUCUCUUCCGAGAUCCCAGACCAUGAAUUUUUCACUGAAUAUGGCCCGGAUUAUGUGCUGGAAAUCACCCCCAGCUGCCGGCCCGACCGCAAUGAGCUGCACCAGACCCAGCAUAUCCUCAAUCGAAUCACAGGGAACAUGAAGCAUGUGGUUUAGGGGGGGAGGCGGGGGAGGGGCGCUAAAUCCGAUUUUGACAGUCUAGGAAGAGUUCUUGUAAAGCUCACCUUGUGUUUUUGUGAAUUUGUGGCUGUGAGGGAAAAUCUGGAAGAGAUUACUUCCUCACACCACUAAGUGGCAGCUAGUCUCAGUGGGGUUCAGUAGGCAGUCACCCCAGAUGUCUGCGUAGAGGACUGAAGGGAGAAGGAAGGUAACUUUGAAAGUUCAGGUGCUUUUUUAGGGACACAGUUGAGACAAAAUUAAGAUUCCUUUUUAAAAAGGCAAAAGCAGUUUGUAUUCUUGGAAAUUAUUUUCUGGUGGGUUUGGGGUGGGGCGUUUUUAUAUUAUAUAUAUUAUAUAAGCAAGAAAUGUUUGGGGUUAGUUGUUCACUGUCAGUGAUGAAUUUGGUGAGUAGAGUAGUGGUCAAAUAUAAUUUUUAUUUAAAAAACAUAAAAAUUAUAUUUUAACUUUAUCUCACCCAUAAAAUAGUUGCAUAUGUUGUAUAAUUAUAUUUUAAUAAAGUUUUUAACAGAUUCAAGAUAUCAUCAAUGUGCGUACUACAGAUUGCAAUUGCUCCAUGCAAGGUUUUCUCUAAAUUUUCAGUAGAGGAUCUCUCAGUAGUUUGGAAGGCCUUAUUCUUGAAUUUUAAAAUAUAAUACAUUUACAUAGCGCUUUAAGAGGUUACAUAUACAAAGCACUUUAUAAACAUCUCAUUGGUUCCUUACAACCAGUCUGAGGUAGGUGCUAUUACUAUCCCCACUGCACAUAUGAGGAAACAGGUUCAGAGAGGUGACAGUGAUUUGCCCAGGGUCAUAUAGCUCAUAAUUAUUUGAGGCAGGAUUCAAACCUAAGUUAUCCUGACUUCAAAUCCAAGGCUCCAUUACCUCAUAAUAUCUCAAGAGUUAUCUAUGUAUUCAGUUCUGGGUCUAUCAUUGUCUAUCUGAUGCACCUCUCCAUGUUAUAUAUAUAUAUAUAUUCUGAGGGACUAACAUGAUAAACUUCUUGUCCAGCUACAUGUUAUAGUCUGGGCAGUAUGUAUUUUUGAUUCAUUUUGUUGUUCCAAUGUAAAUGAUUAAAGUGCUAAUAUGGAUUUAAUUGAGAUUUUGCAGUAUUCUGUGGAUAAAUCAAUGUUGCCUAUCAAAAGGAGCCUAGGGAUAGCCUCCCUACCAGUAAGUAAUUGUGGGUUUUUUGCAUGGACUGUAACCAGGCAUCAACCAUCACAGUGGCAGACUUAGGUAAGAGCAUCUCACUUUUAUACCACAUUUGAUGAGAGUACUCAGUGGAUCACUAAACAAAGGUAUUUCCAUAGUUCUGUCAGUCUGAGUUAAUAACUUAGUUUAUGCAUAGGAGAAACCUUGUCUGAGGACUUUCAAGGUUGCAUUUGGUUCUACUAAGUUAAAUACUUAAAAAUAAAUAAAACAAUAUAGUAGUAGUAUGUUUUUUGUGUCAACUCUGUAACUUGUGAAAUCAAGAUCUGGUUAGCUAUAAUAAUCUACAAAAGUUCAUCUAUUCUCAUACUGUCUUCAGGAAUUCCCUUGAUGCAUGCAAAGGUUUAUUCUCAUGAAGAUUUAAGUAAAAAUGACAAGGCAGGCAUAUGGACCAAUGGUGGCUAUUGUCUUCCUGGUCACUCUUUUUGGGCAAAAGUACCCAUUUGAUAUUUUCAUUCUAUGGAAUCUUCCCCUCUUUGAAAGAUCACAAAUAUUUCCUAAGUGACUUCAACAUGUCAUGAAUUUCUUCUGCUUGUAUUUGAUGAUGUCUAGCUACUCUUUCUGACUUCAUCUUAAAUUGCAUUUUCACUUCCUCCCAUACUGUAUUGGAUACUAAGUGGCAAAGUGUGAAAGUGGUAAACCCAUUAUCAUAAAAAAAAAUAAAAUAAAUGAUUAAAAACCCCUA